GAAUCGCCUUUCAUGCUUCUCCGAUCCUCGUUUGGGGCGUCCCACCACCACCAAGCAAACCAAAACCCCAAACUUAGCAAAAACCCAAAUUUAACCCCGCUCGCUCUCGUCUUCUCGUCCCCCACCGCCGCUCCUCCUCCCCGCCGCGCCAGCCUCUCUCCGCCCGGAUCCUCCACCCUUUGUCGGCGAUCGCCGGAGACCCCCGCGCCGGUGAUCUCCGGCGGUCGCCAGCAAUGCCUCCCCCACCGCCGUCCGUCGCCGGCAAGGCCCGGUGCUUCUUCAGCUUCGCGGCGAUGCGGGACCGCUGCUUCAGCCGCCGCUUCCUCGCCGCCGGCCUCCGCCCGGUCUCCAUCCAGCUCCCCGACUCGGCGGACCCCGUCACCACCGUCCACAUGUGGGUCCCCGCCAGGCCGCCACGCAACCCCCUGCUCCUCCUCCACGGCUUCGGCGCGUCCGCCACGUGGCAGUGGUACCCCUACCUCCGCCCCCUCAUCGCCGCCGGCUUCGACCCCAUCGUCCCCGACCUCGUCUUCUUCGGCAACUCCAGCACCCGCCUCCCCGAUCGCUCCGACACGUUCCAGGCGUGGUCGAUCAAAACGGCGCUGGAUGCCAUCGGGGUGACCAAGUUUGGGCUGGUUGGGGUCAGCUAUGGAGGGUUCGUGGGGUACAGGAUGGCGGCGAUGUACCCGGACGCCGUGGAGAGGGUGACUAUGGUGUGCGCCGGCGUCUGCCUGGAGGAGAAGGACCUCGCUGAGGGUCUGUUCCCUGUGGCCGGGGUCGAUGAGGCGGCAGCGCUGCUGGUGCCACGGCGGCCGGAGGAGGUGCGGCGCCUGGUCAGGCUCACAUUCGUGAAACCGCCAAUCAUCAUGCCGUCGUGCUUCCUUUGGGACUACAUUAAGGUGAUGGGCUCAGAUCAUAUCGAGGAGAAGACUGAGCUACUACACGCUUUGAUUAGUGGGAGGCAACUUUCUACUCUUCCAAAACUACGUCAGAAGACGCUGAUAAUUUGGGGGGAGCAAGAUAAGGUGUUCCCGAUGGAAUUGGCUCACAGAUUGAAGAGGCAUCUGGAUGGGAACUCUCGGUUGGCAGUUAUACACAACGCUGGGCACGCAGUCAAUCUUGAGAAGCCUACAGAGGUGUGCAAGAGCAUCAUCGAGUUCUUCCAAGAGCCGGUCCCCGAAGCUUCAAACGACGAAAGGGUGUAGUAGGUGUGACUCUCAUCGAAGAUCGAAGCUGCGGAUGGUGUCUUCUUCGCUGGGCAUCGGCAUUGUGGUCAAAACUGACACUGGAAGAGGAGAGGGAGAGGGGGGUCAUCGUAGCGUUCUCGCCGUUCUUCGCGGCAAAAAUACCUGAUGUGAUAUUUCCUCGAGCAGUGUAAUCAUCGGUUAUGUGAACUGGCAUGCCAGCGAGAUAAUCAUUGGUUGUGCUAUCGUUGAGGUGAAAUGUCGCAUUGUUCCAUAUGCCUUCCGUUA